UUUCCGAAAGAGCCAAGGACUAAUGAAAGACACAAUAGCAGUAGAGGAGAUAACAGUAGAAGAAAUGUAUAAAAACUCCGAGCCUACUCCAAACUUGCAAUAAUUGUGACACGGUCGGGAGAGUGACCUCAACCUAAUUCCCAGAGGAUUGAAGCGAGUUUCUCAUCAUCCGCUUUGCCUAAAUAUCGGGGUGACCCACGUCGAAGGCUCAUUCGUCUGGGGUUCUUGCUGAGUCUACUGUGACAUUGAAGGGAUUUCUUCCAGUGGUCGCAAUAUGAAGCUUAUGGCGAGGGUGAUAUUUUUCAUGGCCAUAGUUGCCAUGAUCUCUGCCUAUUCCUGGGCCGAUCCCGAUGCCGAUGCCUGGGCUGAUCCCUAUGCUGGACGUGGAGGGGGUGGUCACGGCCAAGGAGGUUUCGGCCACGGGGGUGGUCAUGGCCAUGGAGGUUUCGGCCACGGAGGUGGUCAUGGCCAUGGAGGUUUCGGCCACGGAGGUGGUCAUGGCCAUGGAGGUUUUGGACACGGUUAA